UCGGAAUUUGUCUCCGAGUUUUUUUUCCCUCCAUCUAUCAGGUAAAGUCAUGAGGCAGGCACGUUUGGGUCCGUCCGUUCAAUGCUUGGCUGUUUCUCAAUUGUCUGGUCGUUUGGAUGCUUUGGCUACCCCCAACGCUUUGUCGUCUCGCCCGCCCACGUUGGCCUUUGGAUCGUGGUCUGCUUGGCUCAAUUUGGCUCGCCUUGGUCGUUUGUCUGGCUCGCCUUCCUGGCCUUGGCUGCUCGUGUGCCUGGCUCGUUGUUUUGGCCCCCCACGGCUCGCCAGUACGAACUGGAUUUCAGCUUCGUUGUGGCAGUGGAUUGGAAUGCGGUGGGGGGAGUGACCUCUCCCAAGCGCACCGUCUUUCAGCAGCGGUGAAAGGUCCUACCGGCCCUUUUUCUGGAUUAUCCAGCUUUUUGUAGUCCGGUGUGCCCGCUGGGACGGCCCACCGAUGAUGCAUUCCAAUCCACAAGAAGAUUAAAUAAUCCAAAUACAACCGAACUCCUGUGAUUCUGCCUUUAUACAUUUGCAAGCCAACAGCGAUCGUAGUCCUCGUCCCUCGGCCUUCUAGGGGGAGGCCUGUGUAGUGACCAUGACAUUUUACCCCAUCAAACAUCACACUCAGACUUGUGCACAUUUUGUUUUACUUUGCACCCAUCCCAAGCCUAUAUAUACUGGACUGCAAUUUUGAACCUGGUUCGCCAUCUUGCCCGCGCGCUGCCGGCUGUUGUGCUCCUACGUGGUGUUACUCGUUGCUUCACCACUCUAUCCCAUUUUCCUCAGGCUAUAUUCACAUAGCUAUUGUACAUAGCUAUUUUCUCAAGACAAUCUUUAUAUCC